AUGUCGAGUCGCAAUGAUGGUGAUGCUGCUGCUGGAACUGAAGCUAUUGCAUCUCCUCGUCAUGUACCCUCGUUUGCCGUACUCAAUUUUCUCCCACAAUGUAAGCUGGAGAAAGUGUUAGCUCGCGUGCUGGAGAAUAUGGCAGUCAGUGCCUCGGGAGUGUUCACUAACUGGGAAAAGAAAGAGAUAAAGUCUAUGAUGGAGCUAGAGAACGACCACAUCGACGACAUUGUGUACGUCGCUAAGGACGUUUUCGAAGAUGUUGCUACUUUUCGACACAUCGACCAAAACUUAUUGUUGUCGCAUGGCGUGAACGACAACGUGGUGCAUGCCGUAAAGAAGGCAUGGAAAAAUGCAGGAAGCGUAGAAGCAGAGCAUGCUGUUGCGGCUCAAAAGGUCAGGAUGCCCUCGCUGGUGCUUCAAAAGACGGACUGGCGUCUGCACUUGCAAAUGGGGAGCAGCAAGCGUGCGGGAUAUUUGCAGCCAAUGGCGAUAUUCCAGCUGGACGUGAUGGACGAGCGAUCGAAGACGAAGCAGACUGAGAGGUUAGACGUUGAGCUUUCACACGAAGAGUUGCGGUUGUUAUUUCUCCAGCUGAAUGGAAUCCAAGCAGAAUUGGAUGCUUUUCCAACGCCACCAACCGACCUUGCUUCGUAA